UUGAACGUUAGGAGUGACCUGCUUGCUUGUCCUUCAUUGCUGGGUCUUCGCAUCCUCCGUCCCAUUACUUCUCAUCUGAUUAGAGUUUCAAAGAGAGUAAAAUCAGCCUGGAUCAGCAAAAGCCCGUCUUCAAGUGCAUAACUUCGCAUAGCAUCUGAAUAUCUUCGAUUGAAUAAAGGAUAGAGAGGAUGGAAAGUGAAGGGCGAAAUGGCAAGAAAUUGAUCCUGGUCCCAGGACCAUUCCAGGGCCACCUCACUCCCAUGCUUCAGCUGGCGACAAUCCUCAAGUCCAAGGGCUUCUCCAUCACAAUUGCUCACACACAUUUCAACAGUCCAGAUUCUUCUGCUCACCCUGAUUUCACCUUCUUAUGCAUACCUGACGGCUUGUCUGAAGAAGAGGUUCGAAACCCCGAUCUGAUGGGCCUUGUGCUGAGGCUUAAUGUCAAUUGUGAGUCCAGCUUUAGGGAGUGCCUAACUCGGGGCACAAACUCUAUGGAGCCAGUUGACAAGAUUUGCUGCAUCAUCUACGAUGCACUCAUGUACUUCUCGGAAGCUGUUGCCCGUGAUUUGAAGAUUCCUAGCAUCGCUUUACACACGAGCAGUGCUGCUACCACCAUAGUCCGCCCGAUUCUUCUCCAGUUGAAGGCACAAGGACACAUUCCGAUCCCAGAUUCCAUGUUGCAGGCUCUGGUGCCUCUGCAUCAGCCCCUGAGGUUCAAAGACCUACCACUCUCCAAUUUUGGAAGUUUGGACUAUUUCUUGGAGUUGUUAGUCUUGGCGAGUAAUAUCAGAUCGUCUUCGGCCAUUAUAUUCAACACGAUUCACUGCCUUGAAGAGUCACCUCUGGCGCAGCUUCACCAACAGUACCAGGUUCCGAUUUUUCCAAUAGGUCCUCUGCACAAACUCGCUCCUACUUCAGCUGUUAGCUUACUGCAAGAGGAUACUGGUUGCAUUCCAUGGCUUGACAAGCAAACUCAUAAUUCAGUCAUUUAUGUGAGUUUAGGAAGUAUAGCACAUCUGGACCAAGACCAAUUGUCAGAAAUGGCUUGGGGUCUGGCAAAUAGCAAGCAGCCUUUCUUGUGGGUUAUUAGGCCUGGCUCAAUACCAGGUUCGGAAUGGAUCGAGUCAAUGGAUGAAGAAUUCAAAGAAUGUGUUAAGGACAGGGCUUGCAUUGUGAAAUGGGCACCUCAAAAAAAAGUACUGGCUCAUGACUCGGUGGGAGGGUUUUGGAGCCACUGUGGAUGGAACUCCACCUUGGAGAGUAUAGGUGAAGGCGUUCCGAUCAUAUGUCAACCAUGCUUCGGUGACCAAAAUGUGAAUGCGAGGUACUUGACUCAUGAAUGGAAGGUUGGAUUAGAACUGGAGGGGGAGAUAGAGAGAGGGACAGUAGAAAGAGCUGUUAGAACAUUGAUGAAGAAAAAGGAAGGUGAAGAGAUGAGGCAGAGGGUCUUGGAUUUGAAGCACAAGUGCGAUGUUAGUAUAGUUGAUGGUGGAUCUUCUUGCCAUUAUCUGAGCAAGCUAGUCGAGUUGUUGAGAUCGUUCUAGCAGCACAGAGUUGUUUGCUACUAAAGUACCGCGCGGAAUGAAGCUUGUGUAGUGCAGAAAGUGCAAAGAUUUGGUCUUCAGGCAUUGAAGAACAGAACGGAACAGAACAGAUGAUGCUUUGAUGGACUGACAGAAAUUUGCUGACUUGUCAUAUGCAAAUUUAAGUUGAUCCAAUCUCCUUUUUUUCUCUCAAACCAGUGGACCAGAUCUGAAUGGGUCGAAUUCACUUCUCCUUUCAAGUUUGAGUAAACUUAACAUGGUUAUUCAUUAUGUCACAAUUUUGAAACCUAAACACGACAAGCUUAUAAAAUGAUAGGACACAUUUGACUUGUUUAA